AUGAGUAGUAGCCCUCGGUUGGGAACGCAAGCCCGGGAAGCUGGUCGUUUUAAAGACUUCUUUGAUGCGAAUAAGAUCGACUUUGCAGCGAAGAGUCGCUUACCAAUGGCUUUCUAUCAAGAUUUGGCAACGUUAGAAGGCAAGAUUGAAGAGCUCAAGGACCCGCAACAAGAUGAAGUGGAAGAGACAGAAGCUCAGCUGAAUGAGCAAUUGCGGCUGCUCAACUCCGUGCGCAAACUCGAAGACAAGCUGGCCAAGAUGAAGGCAAGGUUAGCAGCAGCGACAAGACACGUACCGACGCCGAUCGAGAGACCACCAUCGUCAGAACCAAAAGAGGUUGUUUUGACCCGGGAGGACUACAAAAGCCUGGUGGAUCUAUACUUCUAUACACACCACAAGCGAUUUGACCCAGGAACGCCAGAUUCGUCACCCACUCCUCUGCUGCUUGAAGAUUAUGUAUUCAAGCUGUCCGAAGAUUUUGCACCAAUGCAAGCUUAUGCCGAGUUCGAUGAUGAGGAUAAGCAUUUCAGGUCACCUUUCAGAGAAAUCGAGGAGAGGCUCAAAACACGGCAGCUGCGAGAAAUCACUGUCACGCAAGCAUUUGUUGACCUACUGCUUGACGACCGCUCUAGUAAUGCGGCGCUUUUCGAGGCCUACAAGAAACUUCCACAACCCGGAAUGGCCUUCCUGCCGCGCGGAAUCAUCCGACUCUUUCUGCAACGUAUGUCAACGCCGUGGCAGAAGAGCGCGAAAUCCAUGAUCCGAUAUCUGUCGUUGAUAGACGAUGCGCAGAAGGCAGACGUCCCGAUCACACAGGCAGAAUGGGCAUCUGCAAUAUAUCUGGCAGGGCGCUCCUUCAAGCAGGUCACACAGGCCGAAGUCGACUCAGCCUUCUUGAUAUGGAGGCGAAUGGAACACGAAGCUGGCGUGAAAUCACAUCAUGUCACCUUCAACAUCCUCUUUGACAUCGCCGUCAGGGCCAACAAAUUCCCUCUCGCGCAGCUGGUCCUCAAGGAGAUGCACGACCGAGGUUUCCGUCUAAACAGGCUAGGCCGCGUCAGCAUCAUAUAUUACCAUGGCUUGCGCGGCGAUGGUGAUGCUGUACGCAAGGCAUAUCGCGAUUUUGUUGAUGCGGGUGAGAUAGUCGACACACUGGUCCUCAACUGCGUCAUAGCAGCUCUUUACAAUGCACAAGAACCUACAGCAGCCGAACAAAUCUACGAACGCAUGAAAAGCCUUCAACAGAAUCUGCGCGCGGACAGGCGAGACGAUGGUCAGAUUGUCUUGUACAGACGAUAUCCAGGUCCCGGUGAAGAGGUCAUUGAGCACGAACUGGCCUCGAACCACCUUGACAGAAUCCUGAAUAAUGCGUCCAAGCUGAAAAGCUGGUCUCCUUCACACCACCAAGCGUUACAAGAUUCUAUGCCACUCAGACCUGACCACAUCACCUUCCGAACCAUGAUCUCUCAUCACAUCAAUGUCUCAGGCAAUCUGAAUCGAGUAACAGUUCUUCUGGACGAAAUGGACAAAAUGUUCAACCUCCCGCCUCAAAGCAUCACAUUCCAACUGCUAUUCAAAGGUUUCGCUCUACACGGACGCACGCGCGACCCUGACGCGAUGUGGAGUAUCAAGCGACUCGAAAUGGUCUGGGAGGCCUGUCGAGAAGCUAUCAGAGCCGCCGAAGUGGCGCGGAGGCAGAGGCUGUCGGCAGAACCAGAGACCACGCUCCCCUCCGUGGAAAGGGCCGAGGACAUCUCAAUAAAUAGCACCCAGUCGACGGACAAGCGACAUCCGCCCCUCAAGCGGAUGAGCACGUGGGACGACUUCGUGCUGGAUCUCGCAGUGUUCCCGAACGAGCGACGCAAACCUAUUGAACGCGUGCACGCCGAGCUCUUCGACGAGGAAAAGGAGGCCAAGAAGGGUCGCUUCAAUGUUCCCUUCCUAUCGUCUGAGGAGAAACAGCUACGAUCCCCGUCCCAAGGCCAAGAGACGUAUUACGCCCUCGGUGACUCGAAACUUGAUCACGAAGAAGGCGAAUAUGUCCUGCCUUCGCCCAGCCAGGUCAUCAGCUCGUCGGCCGGCGAAGACAAUUUCGUGUCGCCAUUGUUUCCAGAGGAUCUUACCAGCAUGCCGGAAGAGAACAAUCUUGAGAGUCCUGCCGAUCCCGAGUCGUAUACCGAUCAACAAGAAUUAGACCGGCAGGACCACGAUGAUAUAGCAGACCUACCUCCCGUCUCGAUAACCUCUAGGCACCAAGUCACCGCGACCCGUGGGCUGGUGUGCUGGCUCCUACGUGCAUACGCGGCCAGCACUGGCUCUCGCGAGAGCGUGGAAAAUGUCUGGAACUCGGUGCGCAGGGUGUGGAAGUCGCAGGACCAGAACGAUAAGGAUAGCGUCGUGAGAGUACUGAGGCGGUGUCUGCGGGACUGUGACCGGUAUGGUCCGCCUCUGUGA